AUGACUAACACUGCUGUAUCAACAACUUCUCCCACCCCUCAAUCCACCGUGGAAACCGAGGCCAAAUCCAAGAGGAAAGCCUCCACUGCCGGUCUGCCCGCCAAUGCCCGUCCUGUAAAACGGAGGGCGUCCAAGGCGUGCUGCUGCUGUCGGGCUCGCAAAGUGCGGUGUGAUGUGGUCGAAAAUGGUUCGCCCUGCACGAAUUGCCGCCUGGACCAAGUAGAGUGCAUUGUUACUGAGAGCAAGAGGAGAAAGAAAUCACGUGUUGAGGUCGAUAAUGCAAACCCUCAUCAGCUGUCUCAAUCCCCUGCAGAAAUCCCCGAUGACGGGGCUAGUCUGUUCAGGCGACUUAGCGAGUGUCAUGGCCUUUCCGACAUGGCUCCGGCUUCUCCCUCGCAGCGCUCUGUAGAUCUGGAUCAGGGGCAGCAUAUGCCACAUCUUUUAUAUCAAAGCCAAGCGAACAGAAUUGGCUCCGGGGAUCGCUAUCGAAGAAGAAUGGCCCCGAAUCCCGCUGUUCCAGCGACGCUUCCUUUGCACCAUGUGACUUCGCAGAUUCAACAGCUGCUGGACCCUUCCUUUGCCAAUACCAGGUCUGGCGGUGUUGUCUUACCAGACUACAUCCGCGGAUUGCCGCCACGUCUGCAAAAAGAGGACAUCGACUAUUUGUCCAUGAAAGGAGCUUUGACUGUCCCCGACGUGGGACUACGCAAUGAAUUGCUGAAAAGCUACAUCCACUACGUCCACACCUAUAUGCCCCUCCUUGACCUAGAAGACUUCCUGCAGACGAUCGUUCAAAACGAUGGCAUCCGCCGUAUGAGUCUAUUGUUAUUCCAAGCCGUGAUGUUCGCCGGCACAGCUUUUAUCGACUUGAAGCAUCUCCACGCUGCCGGCUACGCCACCAGAAAGGCAGCUCGUAAAGCUUUCUUUCAGCGCGCACGACUUCUCUAUGAUUUCGACUACGAAGUUGACCGAAUUUCUCUCGUCCAAUCAUUACUGCUAAUGACCUACUGGUAUGAGACGCCUGAUGACCAGAAGGAUACUUGGCAUUGGAUGGGUGUGAGUUUGUCCCUCGCACACACCAUUGGCCUGCAUCGUGACCCCGGCAACUCCCGUAUGGAUGUCCGGCGCCAGCGGAUGUGGAAACGGAUUUGGUGGAGCACAUAUACGCGUGAUCGUCUGAUCGCCUUGGGAAUGAGACGUCCCAUGCGCGUGAAGGACGAUGACUGUGAUGUUCCGAUGUUGACUCUUGACGAUUUCGAGUUUCAUCCCUUCUCGCCGGAAAUUGUGAGCAUGGUAGGCAACUCGGAGAUUCUUCAGAGCGUGAGCCAUCAGAGAGAGCUGGCUUUGAUGUUCAUUGAGAAGGCCAAACUUUGUCUCUGUGUGAGCCAUGUUCUAUCGGCUCAAUAUUCGGUUCUAAGCCACAAAUUUGGUGGAACGAUGGAAACCACCAUGAUGUUGGUACCCAAGAAAUCAGCAGCGGAGACCUUCGAGGUUCGUCGUUGUGAUCAGGAGCUGGAAGACUGGCUGGCCCACCUUCCGACAGAGAUACGCUACGCCCCCGCAGCGCCCUCCAAGUUAAAUGAGGCACAGGAAGUUCUUCACUCUCAUCGUGCACUCCUGAAGAUGGUUUAUUUGACCACAUCCAGCGCUCUCCAUCGCCCUCAGGUCCUACCUGCGAUCCCGUUCCCUUCAAUGGACGCCGAACUACAGGAGAUUUCUAGGAAUAAAGUGCGGUUUGCUGCGAUCGAAAUUACAAAUAUUGCCCAGGAUCUACACAGCCUAGACCUGACCCGCUAUUUCCCUACAACUGGCGUUACGGUCCUACUUCCCGCUGUGAUUAUUCAUCUCCUCGACAUCAAGUCUAGUGACCACAACGUUCGUAUGACCAGCCUUCACCGGUUCUACCAGUGCAUGCGCAUAUUACAACGUCUGAGAGAAAUUUAUGCAUCGGCAGACUUCGCUACGUCGUUUUUGGAGGCUGCCAUUCGCAAGGCCGGAAUUCAGCUUACAGUAGCGCCGCAAGAUGUACAGGCACGGACGAACAGCAUAGUUGACACCUCAGCACGCGUCAACACUUUGACCCCACCCCCCGACUCUCUCGCGCAGAAGAUCCCUGACUUGACGUAUCCGAAAUCCGAUGGCGCAAGACGUGCCAGCCAGCUUCCCAAGGAGAGCGGUCCUGAGUUCGCAUCAACGCCCCCUCCCUCCGACGGUAGCGAGAAUGGGAGCACCAGCAACAUCAACCCCAGUUAUCACCAGGAUGCCUUCACCAUCCCCAACUUCGAUUCGGAGCUGAGCAUCAGUGAGCUCAUGGAUCUGGCGAAUGAUGCGGAAGUAACCCAGAACGACUUCGAUGCCUUGAUCAACUUUGACGAUGCCGGUGCGGACUUCCUUGCCCCCGAUGAUGGCUUGAAUACCGGGAAUGGUAAUGGGAAGAACUAUGGCUUUGGCUUGGGUACCAUGAACAAUCUUUCCGAUAUCAUGGGCUUCGAUACCGAGAAACAAGGCGUUGGUCUGACCGGCUUGGGAGACGGACAACUUGCCGACGAUCGCGCUGCGGCAUCACGGAACGAUAUGAACACUUUCGCAGCCGACCUCGAUGCGGAACUCGGCCUGAGUCUUUAA